AGGGUUAAGAUCUCAACAAUGGAGUACCUAACCUCAACCCCAUCAUACCAGUACAACCAAUACUAUUCAAACUUUCAAGCUGAAUCCUAUCCAGGAUAUAUGUACAGCAUGUACAGCCAAGAGUCGCCAUCAUCAUCAUCUUCAUCCUCCUCCACCUCAUCCUCCCCUCCACCUAGACCAUCUUCCAUAGAAUCCAGCUCACCUCUCAAGUUUACUUCGCUCAAGGUUAACCAGGAGCCAAGACAAUGUGUGAACUGUGGAGUAUCUUCUACUCCUCUCUGGAGACGAGAUAAUGGUGGUAAUUAUCUCUGCAAUGCCUGCGGUCUUUAUCACAAGAUGAACGGAACCAACAGACCUCUCAUUAAACCAAAGAACUCUAGAGUCUCCUCAAGUAAGAGGGAUGGAACCAGCUGUAGCAACUGCUCUUCAACAACAACAACACUGUGGAGAAGAACAACAGCAGGAGAGAUUGUCUGUAAUGCCUGUGGACUCUAUCAGAAGGUUCAUAACCAACCAAGACCAAUUUCACUCAAGAAAGAAAACAUCCUGACCAGAAAGCGAAAAUCCUCGAAAAGUUCCUCCCCUUUGUUUAAUUCCUAUCUUCCGUAUCAAGAUCUUUACUUGGGAGGAUUGAAACAGGACGCUUUAAACUUUCAAGAUUAUUCUAGAACUUCAGCUCUUCCAACAUCCACAUUUUCCUCCUCGUCAUUACCCUUCCUCCCCCAGCCUCCUUCUUCAUCUUAUCCGUCUUCGUAUCCGUCCUAUUCCUUCAAUCCGUCCUCCUGGUCUGCUGAAUCCUCCUGGGCCUCCAACCAGCUGUACUCCAACCAAUUCUACCAGAGUAAACCAACCCUACUCAGUUGUAAACCAAUCCAGGAGGAGAUGAAACCAAUUCUACCCAGCAAACCAACACCCAACCAAUACUUUAAUCCUAUGUUUUAAUUAUUAUUCCUAAUAUAUUAUUGUAACUGUGAUAGAUAAAAAUAACUAAAUUUU